CGAAGCCACUGCCGCCGCCAACCUUGUUCUCCCCUUAUACCUGUGUCGUAAGUGUGUAAAGUUGUUUUGGAAUCAUUCUUCUUCUCUAUGGAACUUAGAAAAGAAAGACGAAGACGCAGAAGAUGAAAGGGCAUGCGAUGGAAACGGAUCAUCAUCGCCCCACCCGGGAGCCAUGAGAAGGCAGUUGUCUCUCUGUCUUCUCUCGAGAGAAUCUCUUAGAGAACGAAAGUCAUUUAGUCUUCUGUCUCUUCCCAUCUUAUUUUCCCACACUGGUGUUCGUUUUGAUCUAAACGUCAUGCGAACAUGAGUAUUCGACUACCACUAUGUGCAUCGAUUGGUGUCGACGAUCAGUAUGAUUUCCAAGAGUUCCGCACGAAAAUGAGCGACCAGCUGAAAUGUCUCGGAGAUCGAACAGAUGUACAGAUGAGCAGUCUCUCCGAACUUCAGGAUUACUUUCGGAAACGAGGCGAAAUCGAGUCAGAAUAUGCGUGUAAACUGGAAAAACUAUCCAAAAGUAUAGCUCAAAAGCACAAAUCAGAAAGAAGUCGACGAGAAGGUUGGCCACAGCACACCUCCAGUACAGUAUGGCAUACGUUAGUUGAACAGACGAAAGAAGAAUACAAAAAGCGUCAAUCUCUUGGAGAACUCUAUGGAAAACAAAUGACUGCCAGUAUAGAAACUAGGUGUGAGGAUCUUGCCAAAAUAUCGAAACGAUGCAGAGAGAUCGGUUCAUAUUCACACAAUGAGCUGAAUAGAGUACUUACCGAACUUCAAACGGCAAUGAAAACCUAUCAAUUAUGUUAUGCUGAAAUGUGUGGAAUUGAGAGAAAGAAACGAUCAGCAGAAGAAGAUGUGAAAAGAUAUGAAGAUUCAAAUCCUGGAAAGUAUGAAGGAUCUAGAAGGCAUCGUUCUCUUGUGAAGUAUUUCAAACGAAGAGAAGAAAAAUUUGAAGUAGUUCGAUUAAAAUGCACAAAAGCAAGAAACGAAUAUCUUCUGUGUGUCAAAGCUGCAAACGCUGCACUUCAUAGAUUCUUUGCUCAAGAUUUAUCAUAUCUCAUUGAUUGUAUGGAUCUGGGUAUGGAUUUUUGGCUUCGUGCUCUUCUCGAGAAAGUCAUCGACGAACGUAAGAAGAUCACUCAGCAUGAAAUGGAUUCACUUGCCAGUCUCAGUACACUUCGUUCAUCUGUAGAUGUGAAGGCUGACAAGCAAAAAUUCUUCGAGGCCAAUCAUCAAUUGUUCAUGCUUCCAAAACAAUUUGAAUUCCGUCCACAACUUGGUGAUGAUAUUAUGGAAGUAUCUGCUGAACAAAGCCUUUCAUCUGAUCUUCUUCAACGACAACUUCAAAUAGAGAAACGACUCGAAGGAUUACAAUUUGAAGUUGAUGAAGUUUGGAAGUCACUUGAAGCAUCAGAAAAGCAGCUGCUCCAACUGUAUAAUACUCAAUUCGAUGGUGAAGCUGGUAAAUGGAGAAAUGACUUGCACGUCACUUAUCAGUAUUAUCUCAAGAAAUUCGAGCACUUCCUUCUCAAUGGAAACCUCAUGGAAAGACUCGAAGCAAGAAGCGCUUCAAUCGGAGAAGCACUUGGCAAACAUGGAAUUUCUCUGAAAUCCGCAUCCGUCGGAUCGGCUAGUGAACGGAAUGGAUCAUUUACAACCGAAAAUGGAGGAUCUCAGAAUCAUCAUUUAUUGGAGGAAAGAAGGUCAAAAGCUAGAAGGAUCGGAGGUAUCGUCACAAAAUCACCUGAUGACAGGCCGCGACCGAAACUGUUCGGAGGGAGUUUAGACGAAUAUGUAGAAGCAACUGGAGAAGAAAUUCCACUUCUUGUUCAAUCCGCCAUUGCUUACCUCUCUCGAUAUUCUCUUCGUAAUCAGGGAUUAUUCCGAGUUUCUGGUUCACAAUCGGAAAUUAAUCGAUUCAGAGAAGCUUAUGAAAGAGGAGAGGAUCUAUUCCAGUAUCUGGAUGAUGGUAGUGAUGCGAAUUCAGCUGCUGGUGUUUUGAAGCUUUAUUUCCGAGAACUACGUGAGCCUAUAUUCCCAAUAUUCAUGUUCGAACAGUUUUGCGACUGUGCAAAAUCCGAAUCGCCUACCGAAUUUGUCAGGAGAGCACGAGAACUUGUAUCAAAACUUCCUGUGUCUCACGUACUCCUGCUACGCUUCCUAUUCGCAUUUCUCAGUCAUCUCUGUGAAUUCGCUGAUGAAAAUAUGAUGGAACCUCAUAAUUUGGCGAUUUGUUUCGGUCCAACAUUGCUGCCCAUUCCAGAAGGAAAAGAUCAAGUUUUCUAUCACAAUUAUGUCAACGAGUUGGUCAGAAAUUUGAUUAUUCAUGCUGAUGAUGUUUUUCCGAGAGAUCUUGCUGGUCCCGUUUAUGAUAAAUAUGCAAUGCAAAGAUAUAUGGAUGGCAAUUUUAUUGAAGAAAAUGAUCUAAUUUCCGAAGAUGAUGAAGCUCAUGAAAAGUUAUCUCUGCCACCGAGCCGGCAUAUGAUGAUAGAUUCUACAUAUGAAUCAGCUGAUCGAAUUUUGCUUUCAUCACCAAUUCUGUCACAAGCUAACACAUCUACUCCAAAUGGAAUAUCACCAUCAAAUGGCGCUGAAUCUUCAACUCACAAUGAAAUUGAUUAUGCUCCAAUUGCAUCAAGUCGAUCUUCAAAUCGAUCAAAAGCUAGUGGAAGUAUAGAUUUGGCUAUGCGAAGUGAGAUGCCACAUCGAAUCGCAAAUGAGUUGAACAACAUCUUCAAAAAUAGUUCAUUAUCAUCCGAAGGAUCAAAGGGCAUUUCUGUUCUAAGACAUUCCCAUGUUGAACCGAGUUGGACCGACAAUCGGGAGCAUCUUAACAUGCGAUCAAUGAGUACGGAUCCAGAUGAGGAACGAGAAUAUGUGUCUCCACCACCUCCACUUCUUUCUACUAAAUACGUGUCUGCAGCAUCUUGCUCAAUUAGUCCGGCACCCAGAACAAUUGACAUAAAAGAACGAAAAGAUUCUCGUGAUUUGUUGUAUGCUCCGAUCACCCGAGCAACCACUGUUCCUGCAAACAGUGGAAGUAAUACGGAAAUGAAUUCGACUGGUGUCCGACCGAUUGGGAAGUCUUCACUGAGAGAUCAGCUUCAGUUGAUGAGAAAGGAGAAUAGUACUGAAAUGAAACCAUCCACAUCUCUCAAUGGCUCAACAAAGAAGCUUGAUUCUGAAACUACGAUCCUCGACGCCAGGAGUACAGAUAAAAGCACAGAAUCUUCAAGAAGAACAAGCUUGGAAGAUGAUAAAAGCCCAGAACCGUUCGCUCAACCUGACAUCAUCAAUUCGGCACGACCACGUGGCAAAUCUCCAACUCUAGAUGAUAUUCUGAAUUCGCUGAAAGUGGCGACAAGCAUCAGCCCAUGAUAGUUUUGGCUGCGUCUAAAUGAUUUUUUAUCUAUCAAAAAACCCCCAAGUGCUUUAAUACAUUCACCAUUCUUUCUCUUUAUCUCUAUUCUCUUCUCAUCAAGUGCUACUCAUAAUAAUCACUAAUCUUCAACAAAUGCACGGGUUAACGCACCUUUAUAAGUACAUUCUAUGAAUUCCUCCCCCACUUCCCCUCCCAUUGUGUACAUCUAUUUGACCCCAUUUCCGCAUACAUGUCAAACAAAAUGAAUGAUAUCUGAAAAAAAAGACAUCUGAGACGAAGAAAAAUGUAUCUAUAAAAUUUAACUAUAUAUAUAUCUAAUAAAUGUAUCCGACCACUA